UAUUUAUCACUCUAAGUAAACACACGGCGUCGUGUUUACAACAGGACUUUAAGCAAAUAAAAAAUGAAAAUCGUUUAAAUGAAACACUGAGUAAAACCGAACUUCGACUGGAAACUCUCUUUGUUUGUUCUCUUCCGGUUAGCCUAGCCGUUAGCUUAGCUCGGCCUCCAACCACGAAGAAGAAGCAGCAGCUGUUCUCUCAGUCCAACAUGGAGGAUAUGUACGUUAAACCCGGUAACCAGGAGCAGGGCUGGAAUGACCCUCCUCAGUUCUCCUAUGGUCUUCAGAUGGCCCAUGGACCACAGAGGAACCUCUUGAACAAAAGAGCAGUUCCAGUGAUAGCCUCAGGUCUAGGAGUCCCGCCCACAGCCCCUCCAUCUUCCAACCCUCUGCUCCCACCUCCAUGUGGUAAAGCCCAUUCCCCUCUCCAUCCAGUUCAUCCUCCACCUGACGGAGUGGCCGCUCCUCCUGUGGGACCAAUGAGGAGUCAGAGAGAGGCUGACAGCAGCCAAUCGGCGCCUGACAUGGAGGCGGUGAUGUUGGCGCUCAACCGAGCGCUCGAUGCCUGCAGGAAGUCAGUGAAGGAUCAGGUGUGUAAUGAUGUGGCCAAAAGGCUCCGCCUUCUGGAAGACAGCUGGGAGUCAGGAAGACUCAGCCUACCUGUCAGGAGACGCAUGGACACUCUGUCCCAAGAGUUGCAGUCAGGUCGGUGGGAGUCGGCAGAUGAGGUCCAUCGCUCCCUAAUGGUCGAUCAUGUGACCGAGGUCAGCCAAUGGAUGGUCGGUGUUAAACGACUCAUCGCCGAGACCAGAAAUCUGAGUCCAGAACUCUUAGAACCUCUUUUCAACCUCAAAGAACAAGUCCAGGACCCUGUAGAACCAGUCCAAGUGACAGGUUCCCAGUCCUAACCUCUCAGCAGGUUCUUCUUUAAAUGAAACCAGGAUCUUUAGCUGUAACAAUCAUGAACCUCUAGAUUCUGGUCCUAGAGCAGGUUCUGAUUGGGUUUUAUGGAGGGUUGGAUGUUGAAACUGAUUCUGUUCUGGUCUCUUAACGGUGUUUGGACUCUCUGGACUCUGGAGACAUGACUUAAGAUUAAAAUCAACCUUUUGGGUUCCUGGAACUGGUCCAGUCCAGUCUCUUGACUUGGUACUUUGGGCUCUGAACUUUUAUUUUCCUCUAGAUUCUCUCCUUCUUGAACAUCAGACUCUGGACUCUGGACUCUAAACGGUCUUUGUUUGGAGCUGUAGGACUCUGUCAGUCUAAAAUUUUCUCUGAACUCUGAACCCUGGAUUUCGGCCCAGUUUACCAGCCUGAUCACCCAGACACAAACCUGGACCUCUGGCUUCUUUUUGGACUUUACAAACUUCAAAGACCUGGUUCCAGGUGUUGAUUGGAUCUGAUCGGGGUGCCUGACUGUGUCUCUCCAUGAGCCUGUGAUGUGGGCCAUGUGCGUGAGGCUCUAGACCACCUCUGUUCCAGGGAUGGCUGCAGAUAAUUUAGACCCAUUAUCACAUGACCAGAGAAAUCUGUCAGGUUGAUUCUGAUUGGCUCACAGCGAGAGGACACGUCAUCUGGUUCAGCCAGACCAGAUUCAGAAUGAAAGUGAUUUUAUUGAUGAUCUGAGCACAUGUCUGUUUAUAUAAUGAUCAUUAAUCAGAAGCAUCCAACACCCGGACGUUGUGAAUGAUUUCAUCAUGAAAUCAGCCUGUUUUCAUCAGCUGCUGCGAAGUCCUUUUCUGUAAAGGGUUAAUAAAGUUUGAUUAAUUCAGAUGUUCUUGA